AUGGCACUCGACUCCACGCAGGAGUCACGCAGACUUGAUACUGCCCUAUCGGCCCACCACUCUUUCUACAAGCUGAUGAAGAUCCUGUUCAAGUCUAUCACGCUCACACGUUGGGGCUAUCGGCUCAGAACUGUCUUCGAUGCACUCCCACGAGCGAUGGCCGUAAAUUCCAUUAAACAUCAGCACUUAAUGCUCACUGACGAAGAAGUGCGGCCAGGGCAUCAUCCCUCUGCGCAGGGACGUGGAGUAACGCAACGUAGGGGGUCACCGUUGGCCACUUUGGCAGCUCUUUGUAUUCUUCUGCUGUCGUCCACCGGCGGGAUCGCGCUGUCAGUGGCACUUAUACUGGAAACUGUUGAGUUACGAGGCGCAUGUCUGUCUCGGGACCUUAUUCUUUGUGCGGCACUGAUGUCUCUGCUCUAUGCUGGGCUACAUGUCAGGGGCGCCUUGAAGAACUACACACGAUCAGAAUCAGGCUCACCUCAUAUUUAUGGCAACUAUCUCCAUGCGAGCGCCUUGCUUGUUGCGAGGCUGUCCAUCGCCGCCUGGGUCGCUGCCCUUGUUGCAACGGCGGUGCUGGUAGCCACUGAAGCCGUUCCUACCGAUGGCUUGGACGGAAAGAUCCCCAUUUUGAACAUGCUCGUCUGCAUUGGUGCACUGUAUGGCGCCCUAGCACAACUGCAGGACGUGCCCAUCAACCGCUGA